UGUAUCAGCUUUACCUUUUGUUCCACAAGAGAUACUCCUCCAAAUUCUGAGCAAACUUCCUGCCAAAUCUCUGGUGCGAUUCAAGUGUGUUUCUAAAUUCUUUUCUUCUCUGCUUGAUGGUCAUCCCUUUGCCGAUCUGCACCGCAACUUCUCCUUAACCCUCCCCAGUAGGAUAAGCAUUCUCAUCUUUUUCCCACCCAGGCAUGAUGAUGGCGUCAAUACCAGCGACUAUUACACAAUGAAUUACUCUGAAGAAAACCAAGGAGAACUCCAAGCCAAUCGUCUCCGGUAUCUCGACGGCGACCACGACGAUCGCUCUCAAAAGGUUUAUUUACGCUCCGCCGUGAAUGGCCUGCUUUGUUUCUGCAGGUACUCAGGAUACGGAGACGACAUUGAAAUUCAUAACCUUAGUACCCGACGGAAUAUCUCUCUCCCAACAACCUAUCCUGAUUUGCGGCGCGAUUCUCGGAGCAGGAUGAACGCGUGUGGGCUCUUGGGUUUUGAUUCAAUUUCCAGAAGAUACAAGGUAUUGAAGUCUGUACAGCUCACCGAUCAGGACGACCGGCAUAUUUGGGUAAAGCAUUGGAUUUUUACACUGGGCGUGGAUAAAUCAUGGAGGGAGAUCCAUUUCUCUCCCUCCUUCCAUCCUUACAAUUGUUUCAAAACCCAUUUCUAUUUCCGUACAAGCGUUCAUAUCGACGGCGUUAUCUAUUCACUUAAUUCGUUGAAUAGCGACAGGUUUGACGACUAUAGUUUUGACAUAGUUGCAUUUGACGUUAGGAUUGAGAAUUUCAAAGCAAUACCUCAUCCUCCUAACCAAAAUGCUGUGUCACCUGGAUUGAUAGAGGUGGAUGGUCGAUUAGCUAUUCUUCAACCCCGUCACCCCGGGAAUCCCAGUUUGGCGCGCCUAGGUAUUUCAAUAUGGACUUUGGAGGAAUCUAUGGUAUGGACGAAACAAUACUAUAUUCGCUUUCCCACCCCAUUAUUGGAGAGGAUUUCGAGACCACUCUUCUAUAAUGAAAAUGUGUUCUUCGCUUCAAAUUGUGUUGCGGGGGAGAUUGCUGUAUUAGUGGCUUGGAUGAGAGCUAUGUCUAUUUUAUUUUAUAACUUGAGAACACAGAGUUGGAGAAAAUUUGAUAUAUACGACAUAUGUAGCCCUAUAUGUAAGCCAGAGGCUGGCAUGCAGUUCAUUUUGGACAAUGUCUUCUAAUUUUCUUCACUAAUAUUUUAUUUUAUUAUUAAACAGGAUUUAUUUAUUGAUGAA